CACCUCUUCUCUCGUCAUAGUCUUGACCUCUACCACCUCAGGACGCCUUUAGGAGCUAGGUUUAGAGUUGUAGGCUUGUACUAGACUAGAAUCCAUCAGAUUUGACCAUAAAAAUGCAGCGCCUUUGCCACCCGUUCCGACACGAGGCCGUGACUCGACAGGCCAGCUCCAGGACCUUGGAUCCCUCUCUCCUCCGACCACCGCUCCUGCCUUCUCCGGAACCUUCCAAAGGACUCUCCCAAGAGAGUCUAACCCUAAAUCUAGUCUAGUUAAUUCGCUAUUUAAUAGCUAUUAAAAAUUCAAAAAGUUUUUUUUUAAUAUAACCUGAAAUAAUACUUUAAGCUUGCCAUAGUGUAUAUUUGCUCCACAGUAAGGGGGCUUCUGCCGUAUGCAACCGAAGAAGAGCAGCAACAUGAAGGGUUUUUAACAGAGCAUCUUUCACAGCUGCUUGUUGCAUCUAUUGUUUCUACUUCUGAUCAUGUUCGUCUUCCUCCUAGCACUGUUCUCUCCGCUUCAAAGCAUAUAUUUCGAUUUCAUUUUCCUGUGGUAAGAGCAUAUGAACCUCUAAUUAAAAGAUCUUACACCCCACGAGUGGGUACAUCUAUCUAUCUAUCUAUCUAUCUAUCUAUAGGGCACCAACUUACUAGUACCUUGCGGAGAACAGCACCGGCCUGAGGCCCGGGGCGACAUCGAGGGAGAUCAAUCUGAAUGAAGAUAGGAGCACAAGUAUCGCCGUUAUAAGAUUGAAAUGGAUUUGGGUCGGUACUGGUUGGAUAAAAAUCCUCAAGAUAUUAGAUGAUCGAAAAAAAAAAGUUAUAAGUCAGUGAGUUCUUCUGCAGACAUGACAUCUAUGUUUUGUGUAGGGAGUGUUUUCUCGCACCUUGUUGCCGUUGUUCUAAGGCGGGAGGUCAGGUUUCAGGGGUGGCGACACUGACUAAGUGUUAAGCGUAUAACGGGCGCAUUCGGCGUCCCUGCUUUUUUAAUUGAGUAGAAGAAGAGAAAGAAUGCUCGCCCCCCUCUAACAUUUUAUGAAGUUAUGCCAGUGAGUAAAAGAAAAAGAGCCCAUGGGUGACAAAACAGAGGCACUUGCUGCAGGUGCAGCCUCGGCGUGAGUGUUUUCUGAGAAUACACACCCGCAGUAGUCCAGUAUGCUACGAAGAUGUUAAGGCUGGCGUAUUGUUCUUGUAAUUACUCUAGGCUCACGUGCUCUCAUACAGCUGCGAGCUGUAGUACUGUAUAGCACAACUUCUACGUGAUCAUUCUAGCGAGUAGGUCUUAACAACUUCUCGUAGGUAUCUCCUGGCUCUCCUCUUACGCUUCACUUACCAGUUAUUAGAACUACUCUUGGUCGUAGUUUUGUUUUUGGCUCUUCAGGAGUAGCCAACUAUGUCUGCUAGUUUUUCUACGGGGCCCACACCUAACCUAGCCCUACUCCCACCCCCACGACGCGAAGAAAUGUUCUACAAGUUGCUUGCAAGGAGGAAGACUGACUACACUGACAUCGGCUUCUUGAUGGAUGAAAAUGAUGGGUGUUCAUAUUGUUACGAAGCAGUGCGCACGCGGCCGCUGCGGAGUGCGGAGGAGACCCCCCUUGAAUGAUGACUAGUACAGAUGAGAGCACGUCGUGCACUAGAUAAAAGACCUACGUCUAAAGCAGGUAGACAUCGAUCAUCAACGUGCAGGACAUGAUCAUCUGCCAAGACUUGUUUGCUAGAGCGUUCCCUCACUCCUGUGUAGGUAAUACUACGCAGGCGGCCUCACAGGUGGUCUAAGAUCCGAUCCGCACAUUUUAUGAAGGAAAAGGUACCUGCUCUCGUCUUGAUCUUGAAUAUGUUAUUGGCCCGCUUCUUGUUCUUGAAGGAAAGGUCUAUUGUUUUGAGGCAAAAGAAUUAGUAACAGGAUAAGAUAGAAGACCGAUCAUGAUGUAUAAGCAGAAAGUUGAUCCCCUACUACUCCUACUCGUUCUUCUGAAGUCUGAAGACUAAAAAUUCCCUCAAUUUCAUCUCAUUUCUUGAUUGGACAAAAUUGAUGGGAACACUCAAACCUAAGCCGUCAUGCGUGCACGACCAACUCUCUAGAAGAUGAGACGUUCUCCUUUGAUCAAUAUCCAAAGGGCGACUCUGUGUGGAUUCGCGCUUUUCUGGAUAGCGACCAGCGUUUGGUUCUUGCAGGAGGUGGCUUCCACACCCAGUGGCCAGCUGCAUGAUUAUGGGUGAGGACUGAAGUUUUUCUCUUUCAUGAGUAAAGAGGUAUCCUAUGCUUGUCGCCUUUAGCUUUACACUAUCUUCAAGAUCCACUACUAGUUGUGUAACUGCCAGUAUGCAACUGCAAAUUAAAUUAUAAUAUAAUUUUCUAUCAUGGUGGUCUAUAGACACAACUAUCUUUGGGUGCAGGUGCUUUGAUAAGUGACGUCCGCGCGCAAAAAAGAGAAAUUCUCUCAAAUCCGGGUAGUGAAAAAUUACAGCGUCUAACAUGCGCACAUCAUACAGAACAGUUUCACGUUUGUGAACGCAAACUCGGGUGUAGACGUCCUGGAAUGCUAUCGGGAUGUCGCGCUCUUGGUUGGAGGCAUCUUCGUUAUGUGAUUUCAUCUGAGAUUGACAAUUCACGAGGGCUUGUGUUAGACGGGUCAAUUAUGAGGUUGGGGACCCAUCGUCCAGCACCAGCGACUCCUGUAUAGAUACUAAAAUUCGACACAGCUGCAUCUGAAUGAGAAAACGCCUCACAUGAAUAUAUUGGAGAAAAUCUCCUCUUUUCAUUUCCCGUCUUGUCGGAGCUUUAUGGGGUACGAGGUUCGUCUACUUGCUUGGCCUAUCGAUCUUCACGUUGAGUCUCCUAGUCGUACCGUUUUCACUCGGAUUGCGUUGCGUUGUUGCGGUGUCCUUGGCGUUGAAAGAUGUCGGACGCACUGCAGCUGCACAGGAGAGACAUCAUCAUCAUCAUAAUGAGAUCAGACCGAAGAACGACUCCUCGUCCUCAACCUUCGCGUCGCCAACGUCUACCUCAGGUGGUGGAGACGAAGUUGCACCCCCUCCUGAGGUUUGGGACAUAGUCCUACCAAUUACGGCUUAUAAGAUCGAUGUUCUAAAAAGAACAAAAUCAUUAUAAAUAUUUCUUUGAUGUGGUUUAGGUGGAAUUGGGCGGAGUCUCAUACUACUCAUUUUUAAGUAUCAUCCAUCCUCCGAAGGUCGAGCAGUGGACGCCCAUUCACAAGCCGUCCAACUACUCCAAACCGCUAAUGCAUCAGCAAAGACGUGUUUAAGCCAUCUCGCAGCCGCAAUGUGGGAAGCUAUGCAAGCGAGCGAGAGUUUUCAUAUACUUGCGGAGAUUGCCUAUUUGAUGAUGUCCUUCGUGAAUCUGAUGUUCCUCCGUGGCUGUUUCGCAGUACUGACAGAGUACAUUUUCGACGAGGAUCUGCCGGAAAAUGUUAAUUAUGGAACUACAUGUUCAUGUUGAGUGGUCCUCAGAUUGUGAAAAUGCAACUUGCUUCUAAAUUUUUUGGAUCUCCAGCUUAGUACCAAGCUCUACGUCUAACUCUCCUUACUCUUGUUCCGAUGGGAAAACGUGGUCGAAAGCCAGGUAAUGCCAGUCCGCAAAGAUUCCAGACAUCAUCCCCUAUUGACUGCGACCGACAGCUUCGAGCCGUUCGCAACGCCUUUGUCCCUCACUCCAAGAGGUGGCACUUCAGCGUCGUUUCAAGCCGAGUCUAGAGGCUCAUUCUUCUCAGGGCUAGCGUGGCCGAGGUUGUUUCUUAUGGCGUUCGUCUUUUAGUGAUUCCAUAAAUAUUAACUAUUAACGUGAAAGAAAAAGAACAUUCAACAACCAUAACCAUAACGAACAAAGGUAACUAGUUUCCUAGCAAGAUUGAACACGAACACCAAAAACAUGUGCAACUGGUCUUGCAUAAUUUUUUUGGCACUCUAGGCACAAGUAGUAGUCGAGUUACAGGCACUCGUCUCUCUAAGCGGAGGGCAGCAGCUGAAGGCGAGGCUGAUACAAUAGUAGUGGACGAAGAAUUCAUGGCGCGUGAAAACAGUAGUAGUCCUCGUUCGCGCAGUACCUCCAGCUCCUCUGCCACAAAUACUAACAACUUCAGUGGAGGGACGAACGGGAGCAGUAACAAACUACAUCAGAUGAAGACUGGAGGACGUCCUACGUAUUUCCCUCCUGGAGUGCCGCUGCAACAGGGUGGUAGAGGUUCGUACAACAUACCUGGAGGAGGAGGACCUUUGGGGAAUGCGAACAACAACACUCUAUUACUGUCUGCGGAUUGGGAUUCAAGUGGAUCUUAAGGAGUGUCGUGCAUCGUAGAAAACUAGGUACAAGAAGCCAUCUUUCACUUUUGCUACAUCUUUAUUUACCGGCCAGUUGCACUUUCUUGCUUGUUAGAAUGAUUGAUCAGCAGAUAGAGGUUCGGGUGCCAAAAGAUGGAGGUCUCCCGUCGUACUAGUUUGCAGCUACCACCUUCCUCUCUCAUCUUCUCUACUAUUUUUUCUAAGCACUUCUUGCGGGAGGAUCGAGGUCCUCACUAAAUACCCCACGACAACCUGGAAGUCCAGACGAGGUGCUUUUCCAAACACCUGGUGCAGCAAGAACGAGUUGUAGGAGUCAAGAUUCACCACCCAUUCGUAGUCCUGGUGGCAUAGAGACGGGGUCGCAAGGGGUGUCUGAAAAUCUUCCAAUAUUAAGGCUAACGCUAUCAAAACUCUCUCAACACCAUUAUUGGCCCAAUAAGCCAUCGUCAUCUGAGGGGUCUUUUUUAUGAUAGAAGAGGCUUUUUUAAGGAUAGGAAAGGACUCAGGGAUGGGCUCAAGGAUGGACUGGACGCGACGUGUUGCAGCUCUAACAAUAUUCGACGAGUCAAUGGUGGCCGAUUGUCCGCCAUUUGUCUCUUUUGGUCCAGAACCCUCACCAGGACCGACUGGCCGGCGCAAUCACCCACUAAGGUUUACCCCAUUUCAAGAGGUGGGAUCUGGUGCUUCACCCUCAAUAUGUCAAGAAGGAGGUACUAGUUCUGAACAUCAUGCCUUGGAGGAGAGCAAUGUUGUUGGAGCAAUGGGCGCUGAAGGAUCUUCUGCUUCCUAUCAAAGUCAUCUUCAUCAAGGCAUGAAUGCCAAUGUCGCAGUGUCCUUCUCUAGUAAACAAGUUGAAGUUUCCAAGAGCAGCUCAGGAGCUUCGACAGAAGGAGCAAUGUUGACAGCACGUGAACAGGCUAGUUGUGGGACGUCAACAUCUAGAGUGAGUGGUUCAACAUGGGAGACUGAGUUCAUGCGUGAUCAAGGGACAACACCACAUCAAGCAAGUAGUGCGGUGUCCUUAGAGCAGCAACGGUCUGCGACGAGCAGUGUAUCUUCGUCUUUUGGAGGUGACCAACUACAAGUGGGAGGUGGUGAUUUGACACGACUGGUGAAUAUAUCAAGACGACUGAUAUGGCCCAGUGUGCAUCGACGACAGACCGACGCGGACUUGAAUCUGUCCUGGCGAGAUAGAGCAGCAUUGUCGGAAUUUCAGAGGUAAUAGUGGAUUGUUGUCUUGGAGAAUUCAGCAUAUGAACGUGUAUGAUAUGGAAGAAGCUACAAGGGCUCGACACGUCAACAAGCGGCGCAAGAUUGUUAACUUUCUACUUUUCCCAACGCCAGGUUGUUAUUUUCCGAAGAUCGGGAGCGGCUUUUUCAGUACUUGAAAGGCAACACGAAUGCCUAUUACCACUUCAACGAUGCUCUAGGCAAAGAGGUGGCAGCCAAUUCUCAGUAUCGGGAGUCAAAGGUCUGGCGGGCUAAUGCUUUGAGCGCAACAAGCACUAAGAUUGCCACAGCUGCUGGAGACGUUGAAGGAACGACAGAGCAAGACGAGGAAAUGCAAAAUCAGCGUGUUGUUAAGGCCUUUCAUAUCUGUUUUGGUGUUGCAACUACUUACAUGGCCAAGGCCACAUCUACCAUCGAGUAAGAAGAUGAACACUUGCAAAAUAUUAUAUUGCAUGGAAUUAUAAGCCGACAAAAAGAACUGUCUUUCGCAAGCAAAAAGCAAUACUUGUGUGGUUUUCUAAUCUCCGUCCGCAAUCACAGCCAUCAGCAUCAUCUGGCUCUACGCAAGCAGCAUCUCUACAACCGGACUUCUUUUUAACGCAAAGAUGUAUGCUGCGUUUCCUCUACUCCUCCAAGAUGUCUCCAGUGGAGGCGAAAAGGCUGUUGGACUCCCAUAUUCGCAUGAUCCAGAAGAUGAAGUUGAGAGACGUACUUUUCUUGUUCUAGCGUGCUUCUUUUCUUAGAACUGCGAAGAGUUUUUGAUGUGUGUGCUGCUGUUCAUAUGUUUGUUUAGAUCCAACGAACAACUACAGGUCUCGGACGAAGACGUGCGUCGAAAUUAUGCUCGGGGAUUUUGCUGCCUUGCCGGUCGGGAUUUGGAGGGGAGACCGAUGAUUUGGAUCAAGUUUCGCUUUAUUAAUCCCAGUGAAAUCAAGAUUCCGAUAGGCAUCAAAAGCACCUGGCUCUCUAUCGACGCCGCACUUCAAGACUUACCUUAUGGGUCUAUUCGUGUGAAAUUACCCAAUUCAUGUCCAAAGACAAAGAAAGUCGUCUGGAAGCAGGAAAGAGGAAGAAAGUGAAACGUAGUAAGUACCCAGAGAAUCUGAAUCAUGACUUCAGUAUGAUCUGGUACAACUAUGAAUUCCCAACAUCAUCAUCUAAUUGCCUUCUAUCCAGAAAGGUGUGCGUUUAGUCUACGAUUUCAACAAUCUGCGGUUGAAUAACGUAGCCUCAGCGAGACCCUGGGAAUUCAAAGACGCCAUAUCCGCAGUCGCCUUCUCGCAUCCUAGCGUGAUUGCCAGCGUCGUCUUUCUGGACGCUCCUCCACUAUUGCGGCAUUGUUGGCAACUGGGUCAAGCAAUUGUACCGAAGAAACUGAAGCGGGUUGUUAGUUUCGUCGAGACGCAUGGUUAUGAUCAGAUUUUAAUAUUUCAAUUUUUCACUUUUUUCAGUUCGUUCUGUAGAGGAUACAACAGUACAACAUCUCUAACCCAGCGACCAGCGUUGGUACAUCGGGUGUGAUGUGAAUUUGUAUUAUACUUACUAACCUAGGACUAGCGAUCUGCUAAAGCUUGUAGUCCCACCAGGCGUGGAGGCGAAGCGGCGGCAUCCUAUCCUAUCCUAUCCUAGCAGGAUUUUUAUUUCAACAAAGUCAAAAGAUGGUCGUCGUGCAGUCAAUUUUUCACUUUUUUCACUACAACAUAAAGAGCAUUUUCCCCUCUCCAAGCCAGCGACCAGCGUUGGUACGAAGCGUUUUGCGAUUCAUCGCAAUUGCCUCGGUAUCUUGGCGGAAAAGACGUUCCCAACGCAGACUUUCACAGCUACCUGGUACAUCGGGUCAAGAACGACUCGAUUUUGUACUGAAAAAGAGGAAGAGGAGAACGACUUUUGUAAGUAUAUUAGUAGCUAGGUACAGUUGCUGCACCAGGGUGAUGUGGAUCGCAAAGUGGGAAUCGGAAAAAGAGUCGCAAAGUCAAAAGAGGACAAACUUUCGCUUAUAGCUUCAUAACUUUCUCAAUUGCGCAGUACGUGGGUUUUGUUGAAAAGCCUAUGUAUUAGGAAAAGAAAGAAUCACG